AUGGCUAUCAAACCCAAACGUCCCCAGAUCGGCAAGAUCAAGCAAUGGUCGUCGGGCCUCGGAGCGAAGCUCUCGGCCGCCGCGGGGGGCGCACCGAUCGAUCCCACCCUCAAGCAAGACCUCUACGGAGAGAUUGAGCUGCGCGGCAUCGCCAACUCGAAUCUCUACGCCGCAACAGAGCACUACUGGAGCUCCCUCGCAAAAAAGAAGCCCAUCCCCUUUGACCCAACCUCGCUCCCCGCCGCCGCAGAGGACUCGGCCUCGAUCUCGUCGGGCGCGCUCGCCCAGAAGCACGACUCGAAGCUGCUCCCCAUCGAGUCCAUCGGCAUCGCAAUGUCGUCCUACGGCGCACAGUUCCCCGACUCGUCCGCCUACGGCACCGCCCUCUCGAGCCUCGGCGAGGCCCACGUACAGCUCGGCUCCCUCCAGGCCGCCUUUGCAAAGGACACGUCCAACAUCUUCCUCGCCAGGAUCGCGAGGUCCAAGACCGCCAUCGAGUCAUUCCACGCCGCCAUGAAGAAGCUCGAAGCAGCAACCACAAAGCUCGACGCAGCACAGGCAAAGGUGCAGAAGAGCAAAAAGGAAAAGCGCGACCUCGAAGAGGAGCUCCGCCUCGCAAAGGCAGCCUACGACGAGGCCGUGUCCGACGUCGAGGCGCGCGCAGAGGCCAUCCAACAAUCCGAGCACGACGACCUCGACUGCCUCGAAACCUACAUCCAGACACACAUCGACUACCUCGCCCAGGCACAGGCCGUCCUCGACCGCGCAAGAACCUCUGCCUCGACCUCGGGCUCGUCGUUUGCCAGCGUCGGCGGCUCCGCAUCUCGACGCCCGCCGCCCGCACCUCUAAGUCGACCUCAGAGCGCCGGAGGCUCUCGACCGGCCCCCCCGGCGCUGCCUCGACGCACGUCGGCCCGCGAGCCCAUGGAGCUCAACCUAAAGCGCACCAGCUCGCGCGUCACGACCGGCUCGACGGUCAGCCUGACGCCUAGCGAAAUACGCCGGGUCCGAGAGGGACUUGGCAAUGACAGCCGGGACCCCGCCGCCACUCCCGGCAACGACGACGACAACGAUGGCGACGAUGGCGACGGCCAGUCGACGGCCAAGCGCGGCGACAAGGAGAAAAAGGCGGGCCGGCUACGCAUGCCCUCGUUCAGCGCCGCCAGCGGCACCGUCAGCUCCAUGGCCUCGGGCAUUGGCGGUACGUUUAGCCGCUCCAAGAGCUCCACCCUCUUUGGCGGCGCCUCUGGCAGCAGCCAAUCGCAUAGCCCGGACAAGGAAAUGGGCGAGGGCGGGCCGUCGAAGUGGAGCAGCUUCAUGACCCGCGGCCGCAAGGAGUCGGGUUUCCAGGACCUCGACCGCGACGACGCCCGCCGGGCGAGCCUGCGCCGCGAGGCUGACCAGGUGCACAACAAGGUCGGCUCCGAGGACGUCGACCUCGGGCUGGGCGAGGCCGACGUGGGCGACGUGCUGUCGUCGCGACGGUCCUCGACGCUCAGGCCCAGCUUCCCUCGCCGCGACUCGAGGCGCGACAGCCUGGGCGCCGACGACGACGAAUCCCCCUUUUCGCCCGCGUCGCACGGUAGGGGCCCUCACGUCACGCCGCACCUCGACGUCAACCACACGGGCCUGAGCGCCUACUCUGACGGCGGCGAUCCGUUUUCGGGCGGGGGCGCCGGCAUGCUCUCGCCGCAGGGGACGGGUCUGAGCACGGGCCAGUUCCACCACCAUACCGACGACGACGCCGACGACCACGACGAUGAGGCAGCGCUGACGGGUGGCGGGCGGCGGAGGGGCGACACGGUGGGCAGCAACAGCGGCGGCGGAUGGACGCGCAGCCUGCCGUUUGCCAACGGCAACCGCGAGUACCGCAACUUUGCGGGCGAUGCUGACGAGGCGGGGCGCAGGGCGACGGGCAAUGGCUCGUCGUCGUUUCCCAUGGCGUCGUCGUCGGCGUCGUCGAGUGGCACCGGCGUCAGCACCGGCGCGGGCAGCAGCAGUCGGCCACCUCCGCCGCCGGUCCCGUCGAGUUCGGCAUUCCUGAGCAAGGUCAAGGGCAAGCCCAAGCCGCCGCCUGUGCCGCCACCGCUGCCGACGCGGUCACUGAGCGGCCUGCCCUGA